AAGUCAUGAUUUUGCCCGAGCAAGUGAACCCUUGGUAUGCAGGGUUGUUGGCCGUGGGAGGCAUCAUGGGAUAUGCGAAAGCAGGUUCCGUCCCAUCUUUGGCCGCUGGUGUUGGUAGUGGAGCUCUUGUGGCUGCAUUUACCUAUCUGAAUAUACCCUACAAACACCUUGGCGUAGCAGCUGUAUCUGGGGUCUUGUCUUAUGUUAUGUGCACAAGAUUCGCCAACUCCGGCAAGAUCAUGCCAGCCGGGAUCACCGCAGUGGCGAGCAUUGCCACUUUGCUCGUGCAACUCAAUCACAUGCGUGUAACAGGAAGACUCAAUUGAUUUCAGUUUAUUUAAUUGUUAUUAACAUCUGGUGAGCAUUUGUACCUCUAACCAUGUAAGUUGAGCUUGUAUACGUUUGAUUGAUCUUCUAGGCAUUUUACCUCUGAGCACGUAAGUUGUUAUAAGAAUUUUUACCCACUCACUACUAAAUGUGUGAUCGACCUCUAAUAAAUCGUG